AUGCCUCGCAAAAUGGCGGUUACGCAUGCUGAUCUUGAACCUAGCCAUGGCAGGAUCGAUUUGAGAAGUAAAACCGGCGCCUUCCUCGUGGUUUUGACAAUCCUUUUGGGCUUCAUCUGCUUCACUCUCUGUCUCGUAGCAGAAACCACGCGUUCAGAGGCAAUAUAUAGAGGAGAAGAAAAGGGAGGGAAGAACUCAGAAUGUGUAUACAGUGAUAGUGGAAAAGUGCCAUUGCUAUGCGCUUCUUGUGCUUUUGUUGGUCUAGCAAUAGCCGUAGUUAUGGAGCAUGCUUACUUGAUGAUUGCUGUUAGUAAGUCACCAGCUUUGAUUUCAUGGGAGGCUGAUUCUUCUUCUUCCGCAAGGCUUCUAACGUGCCAAGCUGGUUUCCUCUUCGUCUCAACCUGGAUAUGUUUUGCGGUUGGGGAGAUCCUAUUACUUGCAGGAGUGAGUGUAGAAUCCGGGCAUCUCAGAAACUGGAAUAAUCCCAGAACUACAUGCCUUGUGAUCAAACAGGGUUUGUUUGCAGCAGCUGGAGUUUUAUCCUUGACCACAGUUUUGCUCGCAGCUGCUUUAUAUUUAACUGCUGUUCGUGCCCAGAAAAUUUGUCUGGAACAAGAGAAUGUUAGGCGACAAGUUCUGGAGACAUCUGCGCUUUAUUCUUCUCCUGCAACAUCUCCCAGAACCCUACUCAUGCCCAUUUCAACUAUGCCUCGGGAAAAAUCCCAUACCCACCACCACAAUAGAGAAUCACACCAAUGAUUAUCUUUUGUCUGUGUUUCCCACCCCUUUUAACAAAACCACCAGAAUACUGUAAAUACUUGGAGCUUUAUCUUUGUUCUGUGUUAUAUUCAGUCUCCGUGUUCAUAUUUCUUGUUAGUGCCGCCAAUGUACUUGUUUGCUCAAUUUCUUGAGAGAGCUUUUCCGGGAAAAGUAAUGGAAUGCUGA